CUGUCGAGGGAGCUGUCCCUGCAACGGAAACGUUAAACUCAUUUGCGUACGCUCUAGACGUUUUAUCGGGUAAAUUUACUUGCUAGCACCGAUUUAGACAUCUGCCUCGCCAGCAACUUCACGAUACCCCUAAUCAUGUACGGAACUGGUUCGGGCACUGGCCCACAAACGGGCGUUUCUACUCCCAGAUCGUCCUCCUCCCUUCGACCCCUCACCCUUGCCCACGGAUCUCUUGAAGCUUCGUUUCUCGUGCCUACCAACCUCCAUUUCCAUGCGUCACAGCUCAAGGACCGGUUCACAGCCGGCCUUCCCGCGCCAACGGACGAAUUGGCCUUAGACGAUGAACCUUCGUCUGUAGCUGAGCUUGUCGCAAGAUACAUGGGAUUUGUUGCGCAUGAAGUUGAAGAAGGGGAAGACGAUGCUCAGGGUUCGUACGAAGAAGUCUUAAGGCUCGUUCUUAAUGAGUUCGAGCGCAUGUUCCUUCGAGGGAAUGACGUCCAUACGCUGGCAAAGAACCUGCCAGGUAUUCUCGCCAAGCAGAUUACCGUAGUGCGGUGCUACUACGUAGCCCGUUCAGUAGCAAAUCGAGCAAUCAGACCGCAUGAAUCGGCACUCUUGAGAGCUGCCGACGAAGGAACCGCCGGCAUCUACAGCAUCUUUGGUGGGCAGGGAAAUAUUAUCGAGUACUUCGAUGAACUACGUGAGGUAUACGAGACAUAUCCCUCAUUCGUGGGCGAACUAGUUGCCACGUCCGCCGACCUUCUGCACAACCUUGCUCUUGACCCUAGAACAGACAAGUUGUACGCAAAAGGACUUGACGUGAUGGAAUGGCUUCGCUCCCCAGACACGACUCCUGAUCCCCAAUACCUGAUAUCCGCCCCCGUGAGCUUGCCAUUGAUCGGAUUGGUACAACUAUGUCAUUACCAGGUCCUCGGAAAAGGCCUGGGUGUACACCCUGGAAUACUACGAGAUCGUAUUCGUGGCGCAACUGGUCACUCUCAGGGUGUCAUUGUCGCCGCUGCUACUGCUGCCGCAGAUUCAUGGGAGUCGUAUGAAAAGUUAGCUAAGGACGCCUUGACAAUACUAUUCUGGAUCGGCGCCCGUAGUCAACAGGUGUUCCCUAGAACCUCGUUAACUCCUGCUAUGCUCCAAGAUUCUAUUGAUAAUGGUGAAGGAGAUCCGACGCCUAUGUUGAGCAUUCGGGACCUCCCCCAGAGCGAGGUGCAGAAGCACAUUGACGCCACAAACCAGUACCUCCCAGAGGAUCGACACAUCGCCAUAUCUCUUAUCAAUAGCCCCAGAAAUAUGGUCGUUACUGGCCCGCCGAUUUCUUUGUAUGGGUUGAAUCUUCAGUUACGCAAAGUGAAGGCGCCCACAGGCCUUGAUCAGACUCGAAUCCCUCACACGCAGCGCAAAGUUCGGUUUGUUAACCGUUUCUUGCCCAUCACUGCACCCUUCCACAGCAAGUAUCUUUCUGAUGCUACAAAGCUGAUUGAUGAGGACCUUAAAGAUGUCACCAUCGAUUCAUCCUCGCUCGGAAUCGCCGUCUACAAUACAUGCACUGGUGCUGAUCUAAGAGACGAAGUCGAGGGUGAUAUUGUGCCUUCUUUGAUCCGCAUGAUCACGCGAGACCCCGUAAACUGGGAGAAGGCAACGGUCUUCCCGGAGGCAACGCACGUGUUAGAUUUCGGGCCUGGUGGUAUUUCUGGUCUUGGUAUAUUGACAAGCCGUAACAAGGAAGGUACAGGAGUACGUGUCAUCCUCGCUGGUACUAUCGACGGUGCUGCACAAGAGGUGGGUUACAAGUCCGAACUCUUCGACCGCGAUGAGGAGCAUGCCGUGGUAUAUGCCAAUGACUGGGUGAAAGAGUACGGUCCUCGGCUAGUCAAAACAUCGAGUGGCCACACUUACGUGGAUACAAAAAUGAGCCGAUUACUCGGUGUCCCUCCGAUUAUGGUUGCUGGUAUGACGCCUGCUACAGUUCCGUGGGAUUUCGUUGCGGCGACAAUGAAUGCCGGAUACCAUAUUGAAUUAGCCGGUGGAGGCUAUUAUAAUGGUAAGACGAUGACUGAAGCCCUGUCCAAAAUCGAAAAAGCCAUCCCAGCUGGACGAGGAGUCACAAUCAACUUGAUCUACGUCAAUCCCCGAGCUAUGGGCUGGCAAAUCCCCCUCAUUGGCCGACUCAGAGCUGAAGGCGUCCCCAUUGAGGGCUUGACCAUCGGUGCGGGUGUGCCGUCUAUCGAAGUUGCUCAAGAGUACAUAGAGACCCUUGGAUUAAAGCACAUCGCUUUUAAGCCAGGCUCUAUGGAGGCGAUUCAAGCAGUGAUCAAUAUUGCCAGAGCAAACCCAACCUUCCCUGUCAUCUUGCAGUGGACUGGUGGACGUGGAGGUGGCCACCAUUCGUAUGAGGAUUUCCAUCAACCAAUUCUGCAGAUGUAUGCCCGUAUUCGGCGUUCAGAUAACAUUAUCCUUGUUGCCGGCAGUGGUUUCGGCGGUGCUGAGGAUACGUAUCCCUACCUUACUGGUGAAUGGUCUAAGAAGUAUGGCUACCCGUCUAUGCCUUUCGACGGCUGCCUCUUUGGUAGCCGUAUGAUGGUUGCAAAGGAAGCCCAUACGAGCAAGGCCGCCAAACAAGCCAUAAUAGACGCCCCAGGUCUCGACGACGAUGAAUGGGAGCAGACGUACAAGGGCGCAGCCGGCGGUGUCAUUACCGUUCGAUCAGAGAUGGGUGAGCCUAUCCACAAGCUCGCUACCCGUGGUGUUAGGUUUUGGGCUGAGAUGGACAACAAAAUUUUCAGCUUGCCAAAGGAAAAGCGUGUUGCUGAGCUUAAAAAACAUCGUGAUUAUAUUAUCAAGAAGUUGAAUGAUGACUUCCAGAAAGUUUGGUUUGGACGGAACAAGGCUGGCCAGACUGUUGAUCUUGAGGAUAUGACUUACGGUGAGGUCGUGCGCCGAAUGGUGGACCUCCUCUAUGUCAAGCACGAGUCACGAUGGAUUGACCCAUCCUUCGCUAAGCUCACAGGCGACUUCAUUCAUCGUGUCGAGGAACGAUUUACUCAGAACGCUGGCCACCCAUCAUACCUACAGAAUUACUCCGAACUGAACGAGCCGUUUUCUGCUGUUGAGAAAAUACUCGCCUACUAUCCUGAAGCUGAAUCCCAGAUCAUAAAUGCUCAAGAUGUGCAGCACUUCUUACUUCUGUGCUCGCGCCGUGGCCAGAAGCCCGUGACUUUUGUCCCAUCUCUCGACGAAAAUUUCGAGUUUUUCUUCAAGAAGGAUUCGCUCUGGCAAUCUGAGGAUCUUGAGGCCGUCAUCGAUCAAGACGUUGGACGUACUUGUAUUCUGCAGGGUCCCACUGCAGUCAGGUAUUCGACCGUGCUAGACGAGCCCAUUAAGGACAUCCUAGACAACAUUCACAACGCUCACAUCGCCAAUUUAACCAGAGACGUAUAUGCAAACAAACCAGAGUCUAUCCCUACCAUUGAGUAUUUCGGCGGCAAGCUCAUUGACACUGAGAUGCCCCUAGACAUUGAAGGCCUUACAGUAGCUUACGAUCAACACAAAAACACGUAUCGCCUAUCAUCAUCCCCCGGUGCUGCUCUUCCUCCCCUUGAUAGUUGGCUUUCCCUUCUAGCAGGUCCGAAUCGCAACUGGCGCCAUGCCUUGUUUACCUCAGAGGUCCUGGUACAAGGCCAUAAAUAUCAGACAAAUCCCAUGAAGCGGAUAUUCGCGCCAGUCCGUGGUCUUUUCGUCGAGAUUCUAUAUCCCAACGACCCGGCCAAAACAUCAAUCAUCGUACGCGAACAACCGCGGCAUAACCAUUAUAUCGAUGUCAUUGAAAUCAAGUUGAACGGCAAACGCGAGAUUACGGUUAAUAUGAUUAAAGACACCAGUGCUCUUGGCCGACCGGUGUCGUUACCCCUCAGGUUCACAUACCAGCCUGAAGCGGGAUAUGCGCCAAUCCAUGAGGUCAUGGAAGGGCGAAAUGACCGUAUCAAAGAAUUCUACUGGCGUGCAUGGUUCGGAGACGAAACAUUUGAUCUUGACACUCCCGUUACCAGCAAGUUUGACGGAGGACGGACCAUCAUCACCAAGGAAGACAUCAAGGACUUCGUGCACGCUGUUGGCAAUACCGGCGAAGCUUUUGUUGACCGUCCUGGCAAGGAAGUGUUUGCUCCCAUGGACUUUGCAAUUGUUGUCGGAUGGAAGGCCAUCACAAAGCCUAUCUUCCCUCGAAAGAUCGAUGGUGACCUUCUCAAACUUGUACAUCUUUCCAACGGCUUCCGAAUGAUGCCCGGCGCGGACCCUCUGAAGAAGGAUGAUGAAGUAAAGACAACUGCUCAGAUCAACGCCGUGAUUAAUCAGGAGUCUGGCAAGAUGGUUGAGGUCUGCGGUACAAUCUACAGGGAUGGCAAGGCUGUGAUGGAAGUUACAUCACAAUUCUUGUAUCGUGGUGUUUACACCGAUUACGAGAACACUUUCCAACGCAAGAUGGAAACGCCGAUGCAAGUUCAUCUCGGCACCUCGAAAGAUGUUGCGGUCCUGAAGUCAAAAGACUGGAUUCAGUUCGACAAUAACGAUAUCGAACUCCUUGGUCAGACGCUGACGUUCCGCCUCCAGAGCUUCUACAAAUUCAAGAACAAGACGGUUUAUAGCAGUGUUGAGACCAGCGGUCAAGUUUUACUCGAGCUCCCUACUAAGGAGAUUAUCCAAGUUGCGAGUGUCGACUACGAAGCUGGUGCGUCUCAUGGCAACCCGAUUGUAGACUACCUCGAACGCCACGGCUCUUCCAUUGAGCAGCCGAUCAACUUUGAAAACCCCAUCCCUCUUAGUGGCAAGUCACCCUUGCAGCUGAAAGCACCUGCUUCCAACGAGACGUAUGCGAAGGUGUCCGGUGACUAUAACCCUAUUCACGUGUCUCGUGUUUUCUCUAGCUAUGCCAAUCUACCCGGCACUAUCACACAUGGGAUGUACUCGAGUGCAGCCGUGCGAAGUCUAGUAGAGACUUGGGCAGCAGAAAAUAACGUAGGCCGCGUUCGCAGCUUCCACGCUUCCCUUGUCGGUAUGGUGCUGCCGAAUGAUGAUAUUCAAGUCAAGCUUCAGCACGUUGGGAUGAUUGGUGGUCGCAAGAUUAUCAAAGUUGAAGCAAGCAACGAAAUAACCGAAGAAAAGGUACUGCUUGGAGAAGCUGAGGUCGAACAGCCCGUCACAGCAUAUGUCUUUACCGGACAAGGAUCUCAGGAGCAAGGUAUGGGUAUGGAUUUGUACAACACCAGUCCUGUUGCCAAGGAGGUCUGGGAUAGGGCCGACAAGUAUCUCCUGGACACAUACGGCUUCUCGAUCUUGAACAUCGUAAAGAACAACCCGAAGGAGCUAACUAUUCACUUUGGUGGUCCCCGAGGCAAGGCAAUCCGCGAAAACUACAUGCAAAUGAACUUCGAAACUAUCGCUGCAGAUGGCUCUGUCAAAUCCGAGCGCAUUUUCAAGGAGAUCAAUGAAAAGACAACAUCCUACACGUACCGCUCUCCAACCGGCCUUCUAUCAGCAACCCAGUUCACACAACCUGCUCUUACUCUUAUGGAGAAAGCCAGUUUUGAAGACAUGAACGCCAAGGGUCUCGUUCCGCGAGACAGCACAUUUGCCGGCCAUUCUCUAGGCGAAUAUUCUGCUCUUGCUGCGUUAGCAGACGUGCUACCUAUUGAGUCGUUGGUCUCUGUAGUCUUCUACCGUGGAUUGACUAUGCAAGUUGCCGUGGAGCGAGAUGCUCAAGGUCGUUCCAACUACUCCAUGUGUGCCGUCAAUCCUAGCCGGAUCUCGAAGACGUUUAGUGAAAGCGCCCUCCGAUAUGUGGUCAGUAAUAUUGCUGAGGAGACUGGUUGGCUCUUGGAAAUUGUCAACUACAACAUUGCCAACAUGCAGUAUGUCUGUGCUGGUGACCUGCGCGCCCUGGACACCCUCACUGGUGUCUUGAACUUCUUAAAGUCGCAGAAGGUGGACAUCAACCAACUUCGCCAGGACCUGAGUAUUGAAGAGGUGAAGGCGCACCUUGUCGACAUUAUCAAGGGCUCUGCUCAGCAGACUCUAGCCAAGCCUCAGCCAAUAGAGUUAGAGAGAGGAUUUGCUACCAUCCCUCUCAAGGGUAUCGACGUGCCAUUCCACUCGACAUUCUUGCGGUCGGGUGUUAAGCCUUUCAGAAAUAUCCUGCUCAAGAAGAUCAACAAGACUUCUAUCGAUCCCGCCAAAUUAGUUGGAAAGUAUAUUCCUAACGUAACGGCGCGCCCGUUCGAGCUCACGAAAGAAUAUUUCCAAAAUGUGUACGACCUGACAGGGUCGCCAAAGAUCGCGCAGAUAUUGCAGGACUGGGAUAGUUAUCAAGACGAAGUAAAUGGUGUCAAUGGCGUGAGCGCACCUGUGGAAGUGAAUGGCCACUAAGGGCUUCGUACCUGUGUGGUAAAUGUGGAUGCGCCCUGGAGCUAUUCCGGGAAAGCGCGAUGAGGUUGGUGGGAUAGCAUUAUGCGGGUUAUGUUUUAUACUCGCUGUAUUCUCUAGUUGUGUGCUAUUACGUCGAUAAUGUCCGGAUGGAAACUGGUGUUGGUUUAAUGUCCUCAUAGAUACACUUGGAAGUUUAGAUAGAUUCUUCCAACCCAAUGAACAUUCAAUGCUUGUA